AUGGCGAUCCUCAGGCCCCCGCUUCUGCCACUGGGGUUGCUUCUGUGCCUCUGGCUUCUGUGUUCUCUGGCCAGUUGUACAAACCCCACUUUCGAAUGCAAGCCCAUCUCUUCAGUCACCAACAAACUACCCUCAUAUAUCGACAUCUACCCAUGGGAGUAUGAGAGCAACAAACUCUACACGGUGUCACUCAUUGUGGAGCCCAAUAUUACCUCUGUGAUCUUGGAAGCACGGGACCAGCAUGACUCAGUCGUUGGCUCCUGGCAAAACCCCAGUCAAUCUUGUGAAGGCCGGGCCGAGUACAACUUGAAGGGUCAAAUCAGGACGCUCUUCGAGGCAAAAUGGAUGUCUCCUAAAUCCACGGACAUAUGCUCAGUCACGAUAUACGUCUACUGUGCCAAUCUCCUGAGACAUGCUGAACUUGCUCCCCUAACACUGUCGAGAGGUGUUCCCCCGAAACCAACCACAUCCCACCCAACACCAACCACGCCCCACCCAACACCAACCACACCCCACCCAACACCAACCACACCCCACCCGACACCAACCACGCCCCACCCAAAACCAACCACAUCCCACCCAAAACCAACCACAUCCCACCCGAAACAAACCACAUCCCACCCGAAACAAACCACAACCGAUCACAAACACACCACCCAAAACUCAGCCAACAGAGCCUUCCUCAGCCCCGUGAGAGAAGCCAUCCAGAUCCUGCUCAUCUUUCUCACCAGCACACUCGUCUUCUAG